AUGAAAUUUGACAGCAUACUUGCAGAAAUUAAUGGAUUUGGAAAAUUCCAAAUCACACUAGUCUUGAUUCAGAUCAUCUCUCGAAUUACUUUGCCAUGUCACUUUCUUCUGAAUAAUUUCAUGGCAGCUGUUCCCGCUCAUCACUGCAACAUCGAUGCUCUGGAUGAUGGAGCUGUUUUUGGAAAUUUAACUUUAGAUCAGAAAUUAGCAGUUGGUGUUCCAGUAGAGUGGGAUGGAACUCCGAGCUCCUGUCGAAUGUUUUCAGAGCCCCGGUAUGAAUAUGUGUCAGGAUCAAACAGUAGUGAAGGCACAUUUGCCGUUCAGUGUCAAAACGGAUGGGUGUAUGACAACAGCACCUUCAAAUCUACGCUGGCAACAGAGUGGGAUCUCGUGUGCAGCAGAAAAGGUCUGAACAAGGCAACUGCAACCAUUUUCUUUAUUGGUGUUAUGGUUGGAGCCCCUGCAUUUGGCUUUCUCAGUGACAGGUUCGGGCGACGUCCUCUUCUCCUUGUGUCUUAUCUAUCAUCCUUGAUGUUUGCAGUGCUAAGUGCAUUCUCCACUUCGUAUGUAAUGUUUGUCAUCUUGAGAUUUUUUACGGGGAUGUCACUCGCAGGACUGAGCAUCAUCGCUUAUGUUUUAAAUGUUGAAUGGUUUAGUAUUGAACGCAGGACUUUUUCUGGUGUGAUCAUAAGCCUGGAUUGGACAAUUGGGAACUGGAUUCUGGUUGGCAUUGCAUACUUUGUAAAUGAGUGGAGGAAGCUCAUUCUGGCAGUUUCCUCACCCCUGGUACUGUCUGUUAUUGCUUGGAGGUGGCUUCCAGAAUCUGCAAGGUGGCUUGUGGCCAAAGGAAAGGCAGAUGCUGCUCAUCAUUACAUAACGAAAUGUGCCAGUAUGAACAACAGAUCCAAGUGUAUGGCCACCAUCCCACCAGAGAUAUUACUUGAAGCUGCAGAAACUGAAUGUGGAGAUGAGAAGUACUCUUUUGUAGAUCUUUUCAGGACCCCAAAUAUUAGAAAACUUGCUAUAUGCUCAGGAAUAGUAUGGUAUGGCGUUGCAUUUACAUACUAUGGAAUAAGUCUGAACAUCACAGGGUUUGGACUAAACCCAUACCUAACACAAUUCAUAUUUGCAUUCAUUGAAAUGCCAAUGAAGAUUGGAAUCUAUUACAUCCUGGAGAAAGUUGGGAGAAAGCAUGGCCAGAUGGGUUCCCUGCUGUUAACUGGUCUCUGUCUCUUCAUCAACAUGUUUGUUUCAAAAGAUAAAUGGAUUGCUCGUACUGUUGUGGCGGUUCUUGGAAAAUCUAUGUCGGAGGCCUCAUUCACAAUCAUGUACCUCUACACUACAGAACUUUACCCUACUGUUGUACGACAAAAUGGCUUAGGCUACACCUCAUUUCUCGCACGACUGGGCGUCUCCAUUUCUCCGCUCAUCAUGCUCUUGGAAGAUGUGUGGCAUCCCCUUCCUGCAGCUACAUAUUGUGCUGUGGCAGUUGGGUCUGGUUUAGUGGCUUGGCUUCUGCCUGAAACAUUAAACACCCGAAUGCCAGAGUUCAUUGAGGAUAUCGAGAAACCUAGGAGGCAGUCACCAAGGAAGAAGGAGAUUCAGUAA